AUGCGUUCCAAGUUCAAGGACGAGCACCCGUUCGAGAAGCGCAAGGCCGAGGCGGAGCGCAUUCGCCAGAAGUACAACGACCGCAUUCCCGUCAUCUGCGAGAAGGUCGAGAAGUCGGACAUCGCGACCAUCGACAAGAAGAAGUACCUGGUACCCGCCGACCUGACCGUCGGACAGUUCGUCUACGUGAUCCGUAAGCGCAUCAAGCUGUCACCUGAGAAGGCCAUCUUCAUCUUCGUUGAUGAGGUCCUGCCGCCUACCGCCGCUCUCAUGAGCUCGAUAUACGAGGAGCACAAGGAUGAGGAUGGCUUCCUGUACAUUACGUACUCUGGCGAGAACACAUUCGGCGAGGCUAUCUAG